AUGGAGAGUUAUACGUGUGGUCAACAGUCUUGUCGUAGCUGUAAAAGACCACGAACAUUUUCGCCUCAAAUUAGUGUACAGUCGGAAGAAGAAAAUUAUUUCUGUGUUGAAACAAAAAGAAUUAAAGUUAUCUUUGUUCCAGGUAACCUUCUUCCUUUAUUUCUUUCUUUCUUUCUCGUUCUUUCUUUCCUUCUUUCUUUCUUUCUUUCUUUCUUUCUUUCUUUCUCGUCUUUUUUCAUUCUUCCUUUCUUUUAUUCUUUUUUUUUCUCCUUUACUUCUUUCUUUCUUUCGAAGUUUCUUCGUUUCUCUUUUUUUUUUCCAGUCUGCUUUUAUUAUUUUCUCACUUUUCCUUAUUUGGGUUCUUUCUUUCUUUCUUUCUUUCUUUCUUUCUUUCUUUCUUUCUUUAGUCCUGAUUUCAGCAUGACGCUAAAUCACGUUCUUUCUUUCUUUCUUUCUUUCUUUCUCUCUCUUUCUUUUUUUCUUUCUUUUUUUUUUUUUAGUUCUGAUUUCAGCAUGACCUUUAUUUUCAAAUUCUUUCUUUUUCUUUCUUUCUUUCUUUCUUUCUCUUUCUUUCUUUCUUUCUUUCUUUCUUUACAUGACGCUAAAUUACGUUCUUUCUUUCUUUCUUUCUUUCUUUCUUUCUUUCUUUCUCCUUUUUUAUCAUUCUUCCUUCCUUCAUUUUCCGCUCCUUUUCUCUUUCUCUUCUUUCUUUCUCCUUUUUUUUAUUUUUCGUUUUUCCUCCAUUUUUCUUUCAUUUCUUAUUUGGCUUCUUUCUUUUUCUUCUUUCUUUUUUUUUUUUUUUCUUUUUUCUUUCUUUCUACUUCAUAA